CAUGGGGUGCUGGACCAAGCUCUUCCGGCCACUGGGGUUCAGGUGCGGUAAGAUCAGUGUUGCUGGAACCAAGUCCCUGGGGGGCGUCCGCUCACUGGACUCCAUGUUGCUGAGAUCUUCAUCUUUUACAACUUUGAGUAAUUGUAAGCUUCUGUUGUCUGCAUAACCAAGGCUUCAUUUAUCCAGCCCUUGCUAAUGGACUUUGUCUUCAGCUGCUUGGGCUGCCAUCACAAAGUCCCACAGACUAGGUGGCUUAAACAACAGAAAGUUAUCGUCUCACAGUCUGGAGGCCAGAAGUUCGAGAUCAAGGUGUUGGCAGGGUUGGUGUCUUCUGAAGCCUCUCUCCCUCCCCGGCAGAUGGCCGUCUUCUCCCUCGAUCUUCACAUGGGCUUCUCUGUAAGAAAUUACUUUGACUUAUCCCCACAACCCUGGAGGCUGAAGCCUGCAUCUCUGAGCCUGUCAACGCAUUGCCUGCUAAGUGACUCCAUUGAGCCUCUCGAGCUAAAAACUGCCCUUUUUCUAAAGCCAGGCAAACUAAAGUUGGACAACUUGAAAGAAACUUCAGAGAAACUGACACCACAACUCAUGUAUAGACAAUCUUCAUGCCUGUUGCUGUGUGGGCUAUUUAGAAGACCACCUGAGAGGCAUUCAAACUGCAAACCAGGAAAAUCUAUCAAAUCCUCACUUCCUGUCCUUACUCUGAGGAAUGAUUUGAGUUUGAUAUCUAGAAAUCUUCUCUACCAUCCACCAUUCAGAACUCAGAAACUGGUUUAUAAUUUGCUACAAUCAUUAGCCAUUGUUUUUCUUUUGUUUCCACAGAAAUGCCUUAUUAAAUAUUUGAUUUCUUGCACAAUAUAGGCCUAAGGUUGGGAGCCCACAUUUAUGGCUACCUCCUAAAAUGAGACAAACCUGUUUACCUGAACUGACCUAGUUUUAAGACUAAGAGAUUAAUUCAAUGAAAUAAUAGAGCAAUCUACCACCUCAGUUUUUAACAUGUGAAACUUCCAGGGAAGUAUCAGAGGAGGGAGCUGAUAGGGUUCAAGGCUGGGCUGCCCCAAAUAUGCCAAGGUAGCAUAUUGAUUAUUUUGAACAAAAGUUACUUGAGAAACAGCC